CUCACAAUCUCUCGUCUUUUGGGUAACGAAACAUUGUCACCACUUCUGCUCGCCACGUCGGCAAAGGCAUCGCACUCGCGCGAAAGACCUCUCUGUGCAGCCAGUCAGUCAAUCACCUAGAUAGGUACCUAAAGCUUGCUCAAGGUAUCAUUCAUGGGAGGCUGCAAAACCAGUCUGGUCCCUACGAGAUCUUGAAACUACCCAUCUCGUCCUCUCUUUUGUGUUUCAUUCGUUGCGCUUUAAUAAACCUUUACCAUCUGACCCCCAGUUGUUGUCUUCAUCAUCUAACUUGUUUGUUUGCUUCUUUAUCUUACUUGUCUUUUUUUAUUAUUGUUUUUUACUUGCCUAUUUUUGUGAGGUCUCACAAGGCUUCCUACACAUUCGUUUCUUAUUCAGUCUUUCCUCGGUCCCUUUUGGUUCAGAAAAAGCAGCACCGCGGCGCCUAGCUUUGCAUUGACCCGCGCGGCACUAAAACAGCUCGCCAGAGGUCGAUUCUCAGACAGCCUGCAGUGAUCUGCAUACAUUUGUUCCACACACCUUCGUUUGCCAUCAACUCCAGGAACGACGUAAAGCACCGCGAGCAGCUUCCCACCUUCGGCACAACGACCUGAAUUAGGUUUUCGGCAACGUUCCUGCCGCAGCCGCCGCCGUCGUACCUUCACUCCAACUGUCGUCAAUCGUUAUUGAAGAUAGCCCUCGGCGGACCGAAGUUACGCACCUCCCAGCCACCAUUUCGGCAAAAACACCGUCCUUGGUCUGCCCGACUCCGACCAUAUCUUCAGACUCCUCUCACUCACUACGGAACCCGAGUAUUCAGUCGCUUAGCUCGGCAUCUUUCUUUUUGGGUAUUGGCAACUUGAAUCGAGUAGCAUCAGUCACCACGACGGCACCUUAAUAAAAAAGAACACUUCAUCAAGAGGUGGUGUCGCGACGCUUCUUGCGACCGGUUCUUGGAGACGCAUACAAAGUCAUCGCGUAACCAGAAGAUUAUGACGCAGCAGUAAUCGGAAAUUUAGUUCAGCGAUUUGCGCGGUUACUCAACACCUUCCACCCGACGACCUGGUCGGUACGCGCUCGGAACGCGAUCCAGCAGAACAUCAUGGCUAAGCCUUCUAGCCAGGAAAGGAUACGUCGAAGAAGAGGACGGCCUGUCUCCAGCAUACGAAGCCUGGUGCUCUCCACGUUUCUGUCGUCUGCCCCUGUGACGAUGGCUGCGUGUAUUUCGAUGCAAGGGUCUACUGCUUGUCCUGCAUUCCAGUCAGCCUCUGUCUCAAAUGACGACUACAUUGUCGGGCUCUUCUCCUUCAUGCGGUUUGUUUCAAACACACAAAAUUUUGACGACCGGUUAAAGGAAUACGUCCGUACGAGCUACGUUCAAGAAAAGUAUCAAACGCUACUUGGUUGUGGCGGAAUUAAUCUUUCAAACACGACAGAGCAAUAUGCGCGUUUUACUACGACAACGAUAUGCAAUUCACUGGUGCAAAACUCGAUUGACAAGUGCAGCCUUGGUUCAGACCAAUCCCGUCCUGUCUGCGCCGAGACUUGCGCCCAAUUUGCCCAGAGCGAGGCAUUGAUCGCGUCCGACAGCAGGUUGUGUUCGAAUGCUGGGAGCAAUGCUCAGAAGCAGAUAAGGGCCGACUUCACUAACUGCGCCCUGCCAGCCAAUUCUCUGUCUUCUCAAACCUGCAUUCAAGGCAUUACCAACGAGCCCGACAACUGUGGCUAUGGCAACAGCACAAUCGGCUUGUGCUCGUACUGUGCGUCAGGCGGUAUUAAUUCCACCGACACAUGCUGCUACACGUCCAAUACUCAGAGUAGAUGCGUUGGCGUUGUUCUCCCGACUGUCAUUCCCAGCGUGUCACUUCCGACUGUGACACCCACGAGCACUAGUACUCCGGCUCCCUCAUCCGAACGAAACGGUCUUUCAGGGGGCGCUAUAGCUGGAAUUGUCAUUGGAUCCAUCAUUGGCUUUGCCCUCAUCGCAGCUCUGAUUUUCGUGUGCAUUCUUCUCAGGAGAAGACGACGGGGCAGCCAAAGUGGGAGCAUCUUUAACCAGCCAUCUCCUGCUCGCAGAGGAGGUACCUCCACCUCGCAAGUGCACACCGUGCCCUCGGGACCAAACCCGCAGGGCUACGAAGUUCUGCCAGGCGGUAGGAUAGCAAGGAUGUCAGCACUCGAAGGUCAUACAGGUGACUCCCCAGCCCGCCACGGGUAUGGCGGCCAUGAUGGCCGGGGUCUACCGCUCGGAGCCGCCGCGGUUGGCGCGGCAGCCGGCUAUGGCGCGGGCAGGAGCAGGGGAGGGGACAAUCAGAGUUCUUCUGACGAUUUUGCCGAAAGCCCUGAACCAGAACCCCGAAUUGGCGUACUUCGACCGCCGCCUGCAGCGCUUAGGAGGCACGGCUCACUGUCGAGUAGUUCGGCUCUGGAAGGUGAUCCUAAUUCUCCAGGUAGUGCAGGCGGCAUGUCUUCGUCUCCUCCAGGUAUGGCCAGUCAGCAGUCGGAGCAAUUGCCGUUCUUCAAAGAUUACUACUCCCAAGAUGACAUACACCCGGGCGACAAAGUCUCUGUUCUCUGGGCUUACCAGCCUCGCGCUGCCGACGAAUUCACAUUGGAGAGAGGUGAUAUGCUCAAGAUUGUCGGUAUUUGGGACGAUGGCUGGGCCACGGGUGUUCUUCUGGAUGAUCGUGCCGAAGAGUGGGAGGCACGACGACACAAACAGCGCGAUAGUGGCGUGUCCCACACCUCAGGGCCGUCACGAGAUGUAUCAUCACCACCAGCCAGUGGUGAGAUCAAGGCAUUCCCGCUCGUCUGCGUAUGCCUACCUGAGCACUGGAGGAAGACGAUCGAUAGCGACGGCUCGACGGAAGCAGGCUCCAGCGGCUACCCGGUCUGAACAAGACACGUUUGCAACGUCUGAUAUUACGAAUUCUUAUGCCCAUCAUUCCUCGAUUUCCGGAGUUUGGCGCCUUUUUCCCUCCUCAAAAGCAUCUGCAGAUAUCCUGCAAGAUUUGAUAUUUCAGUAUUCAGUCACCGAGUUCAACAGUUUCAGCGCCUCAUACGUCUUCCCUGCACAUAGACAUCAUCUGAUGCAUAUUUCUUUUUGCGACGUUACGCUUAAUGGUCUCAGUUACCGACAUAGACCUCCUUUUCGUCCAUGCUACCUGUUCAGCCUCAUCGUUCUUGCGUUUGUCCAGGGGAUCUAUUUAUUCCGCCUGUUGCAGGCACUCAUACUUAUUGUGAGGCAUUGCCGAAUAUAAUAAACAACCACCAGAAUACUGUGCAUAAACCCUCCCCUUUCGUUUCGAUUGUUGAUGCUUACUUAUACCCGGUCUUCAGGCCAUCGGUGGUUUUUCUUCUUCUUCUUUUUAACUGCUAUCUUUAAGAGUGUGCGGUCGGGGAGGGUACUUUGCUAUCUAAUCUUUAUCUCAUUGCGCGCAUCAGGGGUUGGCAGCUUUCCACGGUGGUAUAGUCUAAUGGAUGAGAAAAGCCCGACUCGUCGAGCCAGAUAAAUCUUGUGCAGCUGUGACGGGUUGGAUUUGGCAAUGCUAUCAAGACAAAAUUUUGCGUACCCUUUUCUUGAUCACCUGGUCGUCGUCAGCAUAUUAUCUCCACUAUUGUUAAUGUACGCCAAUUGAAUGUGUCACAUGUACUUUGGC